GAGAGGCAGCCUGGGGCCGCCACUCACGUCGGCGAGGAGGAGCUGGCGGCCGGACCCACCCAGAUGGAGAGGAAACCCGAGCCGAGGACCCGCCAGGUGUGGAGACCAACGCCCGCACGGCUCACCUCCGAAGAGGCGGGGCGCGCGGCUGCCGAUUACCGGCAGGGGCGGAACCGGCCGGGAUCACCUGGGCCCAGGCGGAACUGAGGGGUCGGGUCACCGCACGAAGAACACCGAGACUCACCUGUGCGGGGACCGGAGGAGGGGCCGGCCCCCACCCUCCCCGAAGCCGGCGGAAACCUCGGCCGGGAGCGGCCCCCGGGCUCGCCCUGCGCGCUGGGGCGGCGCCCCCGCUGGCCACCUCCUAGCGGCACUCCGCCCGUCCGCGCGUCCGUCCCGGCGCGGCCGCCAUGACCUGGAGCGCCACGGCCCCGGGCGCCCACCAGCCCGACAACACUGCGUUCACGCAGCAGCGCCUCCCCGCCUGGCAGCCGCUGCUGUCGGCCAGCAUCGCGCUGCCGCUCUUCUUCUGCGCGGGCCUGGCCUUCAUCGGCCUGGGCCUGGGCCUCUUCUACUCCUCCAAUGGCAUCAAGGAGCUGGAGUACGACUACACGGGCAACCCGGGCACCGGCAACUGCUCGGCGUGCGCCCUGGCCGACCAGGGCCGCGCACCGCCGCUUCGCUGCUCGUGCGCCUGGUACUUCUCGCUGCCCGAGCUCUUCCCGGGCCCCGUGUACCUCUACUACGAGCUGACCAAUUUCUACCAAAAUAACCGGCGCUACGGAGUGUCCCGCGACGACUCGCAGCUGAGCGGGCUGCCCAGCGCGCUGCGCCACCCGGCCAACGAGUGCGCCCCCUACCAGCGCAGCGCCACCGGCCUGCCCAUCGCGCCCUGCGGCGCCAUCGCCAACAGCCUCUUCAACGACACCUUCUCGCUGUGGCACCAGCGCCGGCCCGGCGAGCCCUACGUCGAGGUGCCGCUCGAUCGCACCGGCAUCGCCUGGUGGACCGACUGCCACGUCAAGUUCCGCAACCCGCCGCUGGUGAACGGCAGUCUGGCGCUGGCUUUCCACGGCACCGCGCCCCCGCCCAACUGGCACAGGCCGGUCUACGAGCUGAGCCCCGACCCGAACAACACCGGCUUCAUCAACCAGGACUUCGUGGUGUGGAUGCGCACGGCGGCGCUGCCCACGUUCCGCAAGCUGUACGCGCGCAUCCGCCAGGGCAACUACUCGGCCGGGCUGCCGCGCGGCGCGUACCUCGUCAACAUCACCUAUAACUACCCGGUGCGAGCCUUCGGCGGCCACAAGCUCCUCGUCUUCAGUAACAUCUCGUGGAUGGGCGGCAAGAAUCCCUUCCUGGGCAUCGCCUACCUGGUCGUGGGCUCCCUGUGCAUCCUUAUGGGCUUUGUCAUGCUGGUGGUCUACAUUCGCUACCAGGACCAGAACGACGAGGAGGAGGACGAAGAAUGAUUCCGGCUACUUGCCAAACAAAACUCUGGCAGGCUUCGUAGGCUUCUGCCCCUCGAUUCCAAUCCCAAUUCCAACCUCUCCUCACUUUUCCUCCUGUUGUGAUGAGGGGACCAGAGGGAGGAAUUAUACCCACUUGCUGGGGUGUUUGGAUGGCAGAAUGAGACGAUCUUAACAAAUUCUCCCCAUCUUCACGAUUUCCCAAGUUGACCUGUUAGGUUCUUUUUGUGUGUGUGUGUGUGUGUGUGUGUGUGUGUGUGUGUGUGUGUGUGUGUGUGUGUGUGUUAGGUUCUUAAAGUCUUCGGCAUCUGAGCAUGGAAGGGACGGUGGAGAUUCCGUGUUCAACUUCUAUCUGAUGAGAAGACUGAGACCUAGAGACUUUAAAUAACUUAUUCAAGGUCACGUAGCCACUCGUUGGCUCCUGACUCUGACUCUUUUAUCACUACAACACAGUGGUUUUCUUGCGGGGAGGGGGGCUGGAGGAGAGAGUAAAGCCCUCAAAUAACUUCCAGAGGUGUGGAGGGGUGGGAAAGAAUAUAUUUGUGAAAAAUGUAGACAGAUUAGGAAGCAUUAUCCCCAGAUGCUGACACACGCAGGAGUGCACCUCCUAAAGCUGUAUUUUAACAAGCCUGUCUGGAGAUCCCUCCUGUAUUCCCUCAAAUUCUGGAAUCACUGCCCUGAACCAGGGAGCAAGUAGAAUACUGGCUGUUUCCCUGUUUUCUCAUGUGUCUGAGGAUGGGCCUGAAGCAGUCAUGUGAGCCCAGCUUUUCAGGUAGUCAUUUGUUCCCAGGGGCUGUAACAAUCAUAAUGUUUCAAGUUUGGUCUACAAUCCUGCCUUCAAUAUGGAAAACACUCCAUAAGUUGUGGAAUGAGUGAAAAAUAACUUGCUAUCUCUAGAAAUCUGGCAUAAAGAUUUGCAAAACAGGGUUUGUAUCAAUUUAUUUAAUAUUGGAGGGUUAAAGUGAAAAAAAAAAAAACACAAAACCAAACACUUUGCCAAGUACUGUGUAGAAACUUGAAAAUGCCAGGUCACUUUGUAUAGCUUGGAGUGAAUGUUUUAAACUUAGAUAGAUGGAAGGGGUCUUAGAGGGAAAAUUAUUUCCCUAAAGUCAUUCCUGUGUCUCCUGACUCCUGACUUGGUCCUCUUCAUCAUCUAAAUUAUUUUUUAUGCUUAGAGAAAAAAAGUUUUCCUUCAUGCAUAUAUUUUCCCUGGAGUCUAAGAAAAAACUUUUUUUCUCAACUGAAGCAUGUUUGUUUGUAGUAAUGGUUUAAAGGAAUGCUAAGGAAUAUAGUCCUAUAUGUUAUCUAGAAUCUUAAGAAUUGUUUGAAACUUCAAGAUAAUUUUAAAGUCUGACUACUCUAAAAUUAUCCUAAUGUAUAGAAAGUUAUUCUAAGCUAUAGAUUUAAAAAAAAAAAACCUUCUUUUUAUGGCAAAACAAAAACUCCUUAGUGAUAUCAUCUUAACCAGUUUAUUUCCUGAAAGUAAACAAUUGUCCAGUGCCUGCUCUCUAUUAAAGCUACUUUCCAGUUACUACUGUUUUUGCUCAUGCCUGUAAGGUAUUAUGAGACUUUGAUGUAUUUUUUUAAGUAGCCAAAGACUAUUGAAUUGUAUUGAAUUAUUUACAUUAAUUUUAUUAUACUCUAUUCUAGUUCUUUGAAAAUUAAUAAUUGAUGGACAGCAUGCGUGUUCACUGACCUCUGUCUCAGACCUUCUGGAACAGUUGUGAUUUAAUAUUCUGUCCCACUAUUUUACAUAAACCAAAAAAUAUUUUAGCAAUUCUCGUGUGUUGGCUUCCGAGUCCCAGAAUGUGACACAAUUUUAUUGUCAGAUUGCAUAUUGCGAUUUUAGUCUAUGAAAAUAGGAUCAUUAUAUGUAUAUAAGAUAAUUUUUAUUUAUUAUGAAUGUUUGAUCAAGCAGCUUACUAGCCUAGCUUUCUUUAUGUUGGGUAAGAGAAUUUACUACUUUCUUACUAUGUGGUCGAGAGCAACUAUGUAUUUUGCUAUCAUUUUAACAAUAUUCAGUCCAUUGCUCUAAAUUGUUUAAUGAGACCACAAAACUUAAGGGGUUCUGAUUAAAUCAAUGAGUGUGGUUCCAGGCCCUAUUCUCUGGAUUUUUGAAAGAGAACAAAGGUUAUGUUUGUCUUACCUUUGUUAUCACAUUUGCUUAAUUCUUUUGAACUAUGGUCUUAAAGGCACAAACAGUACCAACCACUUUGUUCACGUGUUAUUAGCAGGUUUUUAUUGCAGCAAGAAAAUCAUCUUUCAAAAUAAGGCUCAGAGUAAAUGCAGUCUUUCAGUGUUAACUUCCUAAAACAGAAUUUGAACUUAUAUGAACAUCAACAUGUAAUACGAAUUAGAUGAUCUUCAACUAUUACUUAAAUUUGGUAAAAUGUGGUCAAUGUAAAAAAUAAUAUGAAAUUUUAUUAAAGAAUAUGAUUGUA